CUAAUUGUACUCAUAUUCCACAAGUAAUGGCACAUUCUUGUUCUUUUACUUCUUUAACCUUCCCUGCAACUAUCAUUAAUAUUAUGUGCCUCAUCUUGUUUCAUGGCCUUGUUAUUAUGGCUCAAAGCCAACAGCUUGAUGACCAAUUUUAUGGCAAGUCAUGCCCAGACUUGGACAACAUUGUGAGCUCCGGCGUUUGUUCAGCCAUCACAAGAGACCAAAGAAUGGCUGCAUCUCUUCUUCGUCUCCAUUUCCAUGAUUGUUUCGUUAAUGGUUGUGAUGCAUCCAUACUUCUGGACGAGACGAACAAGUUUAAGGGGGAGAAAAACGCAACGCCUAAUCGGAAUUCAGUAAGAGGUUAUGAGGUGAUUGAGAGUAUAAAAGCAGAUGUUGAGAAAGCUUGUCCAUCCACUGUCUCAUGCGCUGACAUUCUUACCCUUGCAGCUGUCAAUGCUGUUUCUAUGUCAGGAGGACCCUUUUGGAGCGCGCCACUAGGGAGACGAGAUGGAGUAACAGCCAAUGAAGCCGCAACCAAAAAUUUGCCAUCACCUUUUGAGAGUCUCAAAGACAUUACCAACAAGUUUUUGGCCCAAGGUCUUGAUAUCAAAGACAUGGUCGUUCUUUCAGGAGCGCACACAAUUGGUUAUGCACAAUGUUUCACGUUCAAAACGAGGUUGUUCAACAACAGCGGCACAGGAAAACCGGAUCCAUCAUUGGACACAACAUUCUUGUCGAAUUUGCAGACGGUCUGUCCCAACGUGAAUACAUCGGACACGAAGCUCAUUCCUCUGGAUGGUCAAACCACCUACAGUUUCGACAACUCGUAUUACAUUAAUCUGGUGAAAAACACGGGCCUUCUCGGGUCAGACCAGGCUCUCAUGGGAGACCCAAAAACUGCGGCACUUGUCAAGCAAUACAGUGACGAUGCUUAUGGUUUUUAUAAAGACUUUCCAGGAUCAAUGAUGAAGCUUGGAAGCAUUGGGGUGCUCACUGGAAAACAGGGGCAGAUUAGGAAGAAAUGUAACUUUGUGAAUUAAUUAAUAAUCCUUAUAUGUAAAAAUUAUCCGUGUCCAGAAAAAACAAUAUAGAGUGCCCCAAGUGGCUUCAAGUGUGUAUUAAAGAUUAAAGUAUUAU